UGUGCUCGGUUUGUGUUUGGCAGGUCGUCCGCGAGGGCAGCGCCAUUCGAUAAAAAGCGUAUUCAAUUUAGCGAACUAAUAACAGUCCGUGCCAUUCCGCACUGAGAAAUGGAAGUAGCGGAGACGGUGCCAAACAGUUCGUGUGAGAAGAACACGUUGCCGUAUAUCGCGAGUGACGUUAUGACAGCUGUGAUUAGGUUAAUACUUUAACCUGUUAUGAUACAACACCUAAUACACUAGUGACGAAUCGCGGAUGGGUAACUCGGUUUCUGUAACAGAAAUAAAUUGACGACGUGGUUCGCGGCUCGCUCCUGGAUAUCGUACCUACCUUUUAUUUUUGUUUCAACCCCCGUAACCGAGAUCAACGCGUGACGUAACAAAAAACAAAAAUGUGGUGCCUAGUGUGUCAGCCCAAUUCCGUCAUCCUCGAGGUUCAGGUCGACCCGAAGGCGAUCGGCCAGGAAUGCUUGGAAAAGGUCUGCGACUGUCUGGGCAUCAGCAAGGAGUGCGACUACUUCGGGCUGAAACAUCAGAGCGCGAAGGGGGAAGAGCUGUGGCUAAACCUGAGGAACCCGAUCGAACGUCAAACUGGGGGCGGAGUAGCACAUCUGAGGUUCGCUCUUCGGGUCAAAUUCUGGGUGCCACCUCACCUGUUGCUGCAAGAGGCGACGAGACACCAAUUCUACCUCCACUCCCGACUGGAACUUGUCGAGGGUAGGCUGAAGGUGUCGGAUUGGGCAUCGGCCGCAUGGCUCGUCGCGUUGAUCGCCCAAGCCGAAGGCGGCGAUUACGACGCUCUAAAGCCACCGCAUGCGAUUUACUCCCAAUGCUGUCAGAUCCAGCCCAACGAGCCCUGUGACCCAAAACCGCAUGAUUUUCUGCAUCAGAUCGUGCAGCAGCACAAAGAUAUCAAGGGGAUGAAAGCAUCCGCCGCCGAGUACUGGCUCUUGAAAGAAGUGUCCAACUUGGAUACAUUCGGCCAAGAGAUGUUCCACAGCAAAUUCGCCUACAAUGGUGUUUCAAUGAUCGGCGUGGGGCCCCAUGGAAUCACCGUAUACCGCGGCUCGGACGAGGAGACCCAAAACAUCCCGUACACGGCGAUUCAAAGUGCCAUGUCUCAACGUCGCAUGUUUCAUCUAGUUUACUUAUCCCUUGACGGAGUGGAAACGUCGUUGAAUUUCAAAUUGGACUCGAGCCAAUCGGCAAGUGGAUUGUACAGGGCAAUCACCGAGAAACAUGCCUUCUAUAGCUGCGAGACUGUCAGGAGCGCCGUUACUGCCCAGUUCAUAAGAGACUUGAAGGGAACAAUUAUUUCAAUAUUUAACGAGGAUUCAACGCUGGGUAAAAAGUACGUCUUCGACAUUCGUAGAACCUGUAGAGAGGUGUACGACAAUGCUCGACGAGCUCUGUAUUGCGAGGCAGCGAAUAUCAGUCUACCGGAAGAGAAUCAGAUCAUAGAUAGGCACGAUUGCGGAGAUUGCGCCAAUCCUAAAUGCAAGGAAUCACGCGAAUGCUUGGCGAGACUUCUAGACGCGAUGCUGUGCAGAAUUUGUAUGGAUCGCAGUUUGGACACCGCCUUGUUUCCCUGCGGCCAUGCCGUCGCUUGCUUGGAGUGCGCUAGACGCUGUUCACGUUGUCCCCUCUGUAGAGCAGACAUCGAUCACUGUCGUACAAUUUAUCUACCAAUCGAAUUGACCCACGUGGAUAAACACAAUUUCAAAAUGUCCUCAGAAGUGGUCGGACCAACGUUCAGCGUCAAAUCAUCUCCAGAAGAAAUGAUCAGUGAGAGAAUCAUCACAAGUGAUGACAACAUCAAUAACAAUAAUAGCAAUAUUUGAGAGCGCCGCGCAAGGCGUAGAUUCAACGCCUUUCAAAAAUUUGUUAGAAUUUUCACAUGCAGGAUUGAGAGGAUAUAUUGAGCGGACAUGGUACAGCGUCCAAACACUUGGUGGGCAAGGUCUGUCGUUGUCAUUUCCUGGUCAAUUCGGGAUACAUGUUACCAUUUUCUUUGAAAGAGAAUAGACAUCCGAUCCUGUGAAUUAUUUUUUUUUUCAUUGUAAAGCCUGAUCAUCGUCGGUUAGUUUUUGGUUAGAAGGGCAGCAUUAAAUUGACGAGGGAAAUAUACAUUUUUUACAAUUUCUUGACAGGGUCAUUAAAAAAUUGAAUGCGUGAAAUCAGGCGCGCUUAUCUUCUCGAUUUCGGAAUAUGAAUAAAAACUGUACAAAUACAUUAUAUGUAUAUCGAAUGACAAUAUUUUACCUUUAUUUUGUGAGUUUUCGAAUCUUACUGACUCAGUCUAAUUUUCUAAGUUUAACGUGUCGAGUCCUCGAAAAAUUAGGCAAAAAGUAUCAGAGAAAAAAAAAACGGUCUAAAAAACGGCUUUUACUUUAGUUCACCUUUUUCUUGUCUCGUUUUUUCGGUACAUCCCGCUUGAGGAAUUAUUUUUUAAGGAACAUCUGUGUUUGUCUUUUCAUUAAAUCGUGGAGUAAGAGGAAAGGCUGCUUGAGGUAAGUUCACCAACUAUAGAGUCCAAGCAUUAUUUGAUUACACUCGAUGAUACAUUCAAAGCUGUUUCAGAUGCAAAAUAAAAUUUGAUGUUUAAAACCAAAAAGUAGCGUACCAUUUCACCUUUGAACUAUAAUGAUUUAAUGUAACGUGCAGUGUGAUAGAUUUCUACAAAAAACCAAUUGAACUCCACACUUUUGCGAGAUGUUGUUUAUUGCCAACUGAACUAUUGAACGUUGUGUAUAUUACUAGAAAUUCGAACGAGAUGACGCAUAUCUCUGUUAAGUGUUGAAAAUAUAAUGUUUCAGUUUCUAGAAGUGUAAUCACAUCACGAAUGGGCUCUAGAAAUCUUCAAAGAUAAUAUUCGCUAAUAAAAGUGCUGUGAACAAAGAGGAUAUUGAAUGAAAGGAAAUAAGAAAUUUAUAAAAUCAUAAAUACAGAACUUUUGUGGUAUUUUUAAAAGUCAUAUAACUAAGAUAUCAGUGAUAACAAUACGAUGAAAACGAACAAAAAAUAAAUAAAAAUUAACUAUACGAAAAAAAAUAUAAUAAUAAUAAUUAACAAAAAAAGAAUUGCAUAGUUAUUAAGGGAUUCUUAUUUUAAAGUGAUAAAUGGACCAAUGUUUUUUAUUCAUUACAAUGUACAAUACAAUUUAUUUCAGUGCCCUCAAAUUCAGGGUCUUUCUUACAAUUUACGUUUGUUUAUUUUUUAUGCUAUUUUAUUUUAUCUUACUUAUUCUGCGCUGAACUGAAUCAGACGUGACCCCUAAGUGCGGAGGUUAAAGUUUUAUCAGAGAAACUGACCCCUGGUAAAUUUAAUAUACGUAUACAUAGGGCUUGUGUACAUAUAGAUUGUAACACACGAAUAAGCUGAUAACUGAAGACCCGCAAUUUCGAUAUUUUUAGUGAUACAUAUGUUUAAUACGGUAAAAAAAAGUUAUAGUAUUGUCUGAUUUAUAUUAUCAAAGUCUUGGACAUAGUAUGCAAGCGUCAAUGAUGUUAUGAUUUCAGUGAGUUUCCAGAUUGUACAGGUCACUAUAUGCAUAUGCUAUGAAGAUAUUUUUCUCGGUAAUCUCAGGAUUGCCUAAUUAUCUCUAAUAAAUAAAUCUCCAAAAGAAGACGCACACAGACAACGUGAUCCUAAACUAUACAGAUCUGGUCUUUUAAUGUCGUUGCUAUUGUUGAUCGAGAAUGAUAUGCAUACAAUUAGAGGUACUAUAAAGAAAAUAAUGAAUAUUAAUAUAGAGUCCUAGAUUCGUAUAUCUGACAACCAUAUCCUUGCAAGAGCAAAAAAGUUUGCUUCUAUAGUAAUUCUGUAAAGCCGAUAACCUUCUCCACUUAUUAAACAUCCCGUAUAUGCUCAGGCACGGGUUGUUACCAUAAUAUCUGUUCGUAUGUAUAAAUGAGUAGCUCCGAUAACCUCUUGGGAGGGGUCAAACGAGUAAAAGUCAUAGGUUCACCAAAUGUCAAAUCCGAUUUAUAUACCAGACUGGUCCACGAUUGAUAAUUGUAAGAACAAGACAUAAUAAAAACCACAAUACAUUAAUUCAAUAAUUGGAUAUUAUAAAUGCGUAGAAACAGAGUGUUGAUUGAGAUAUGAAAUUUUGUAGCACGUACACACGUUAAUGUAUCACGCCCUGACAAUUUAAUUAUCGACGACAAUCUUGACCUCAAAAUUGAAAAUUAAUUUGCACAAAUUCAUAUGAAUAUUGUAUCCGUUGAGUGAAAUUUCUGGCAUUUCCUUCGUCACUUUUAUGUUUCUAUUUCCUUUUGGAAACUUUAAGAUGACACUCUUUGUAUGCACUUUUCAACUUUUAGCCUAAGUCAGUUUACAUAUAUAUCUUAUUGUGUUUUUACGUUUAUUUUAUCAUUUCUGUGAAGUGUUUCAAGGAAUUAGAAUUUAAGAUUCAUGCCGAUAUCAAAAACCUAACGAUUUGUUAAGUAUGCGUGCGAGUGUGAGAAUGGUCGAGCAACACAGAGAGAAAAUAAGGGAGCGAGUGAGAAAGAAAGAAAAAAGAGAGAAGAAGUGAGACAAGGCAAUUGUUAUAGUCAGACAUCAAUGCAAUGUAAACUUAGUCUGUAACUAUUUAUAAGGCAUAAUAAUAAUAAUAAUGUUAAUACUGUUCAAUAUUCAUUUGUAUUCACAUGCAACCGAGGUGAACAUUCAAUUAUGAUUGCCUCGGGUAAUAAUUUUUUUUUUCCUUUUUUUUUUUCCCUUGAUAUAAGCAAUUAAGCAUGUCCAUACAGUUAAAGAAAACAUAUUAUAUCAAGUAUAAAGUAUCGUUACAUAUACGAUUGCAAUUUGCAACACUAGCGAAAUAAUUCAAUGCAAUUUUUCGUUUUUAGUCCGUUGUCAUUCAAAUUACUACACAUUAUUAAACUUUGCAGAAUCUCAUCCCUGAGUACCAAUGAUAAUAAUGGACAGAGAAUGAGUUUCGGGAUAUUUCUUUCUUCGGGGCAUGAAGCAAGUUGUUUGUAUAAUUGUAUCGGUACUGCAAUUAUCAAGUAACUUGUAACUGCUGAGAAAGUCAGUACCAAUGUUCUGCAAACAUGGUAAUUGGUCCGAUAAUAUGUAGUUCCAAAGUUUAUCACGAUGAUUAUUUGAUGACUGGACUAAAAUUGAAGUCCUCCCAUCCCCCAACCCAAUUCCCUCCCUUUACCCAAAAAAAUGUUUGUACUACUAUUGUGUGUCUAUUCAGCAAUGAUAAUAUAAAUAUAAUAAUAAUAAUUAAAUACCUAAUAAUGAAUUUUUGUGAUUAUCUCUCUGUAUAGAAGACAUUGGAAGGAAAAAACGAAAAGACAAAAAAAAUCUUGUAGUUUGUAUCUCUGUAUUGUAGUAAAAACGGAGAGUCAUCAGGAUUAAUUAUUUGCAAAGAGUAUUUUGAAAGUAUUUUCAAUUAUUUUUUAGUAUUACCAUUAAAGAAGGAAGAAAAUUAAAUUUAAAAAAAAAAGGUAUUAACACCACAUCCUUGGUGGUAUAAACGAACGAAAACACCUUAUGUAUGCGGGCAUAAUACCGUGUACUAUGUUUCUUGAGAUGAUGAUGAUGAUUAAAUACAAAUUAUCAUUGAAAAAACGUUAA